AUGCACCCUGACAGUAAACUGGCCAGUCAUGGAAAGGCAGGUAAUAGCAAUGUGCACCCCGAGUCCCAACCCCACCAAGUGAGCCCCCCUCCCACCAGCCACCUGGGCACUAAAGGUGUGGGCGGGACAGGGAGCCAGGGCACCAAAGUCAGCCAGCCCGCCGCAGGCCCUCUGGCACUGAAAGCCAGCCAGGCUCCUGUUUCUGUCUUUGGGGCCUUGAAGGGCAAAGUCAGGCGGGAGCGCAGUAUCUCCGUGGAUUCGGGAGAGCGGCGGGAAGCGACUGCCACCCCACUGGACAAGGAGCUGAAAGGUGAGGCCCCUCGGAGCAAGAGGCGCUGUGUGCUGGAGAAGAAGCAGCCCUACAGCGGGGACGAGUGGUGCUCUGGGCCGGAGAGCGAGGAUGACGACAAGUCCCUGGGCAGCAGCCACAAUUGUCACGUAGCCGAGUCGGCCAUGAGCGCAGGAACGCAGCUGGGCCCAGGACCCAACCCUUUGCCGGCCCUGAGCGAGAGCAACACGCCUGGCGCCCCUCACAGUGCAGCCCCCAGCCUGCGGUCAGAUGCCGGAGGAAAGCAGGGCCUGCAGCUGGUCUACGUCUUCACCACACACCUGGCCAACACGGCUGCAGCGGCUGUCCUUCAGGGCCAGGCAGACUCCAUCCUUGGCUACCAUCAGCAACAUGUGCCCCGGGCAAAGUUGGACCAGCCUGCCCCUCUCCCGAAGAUGCCAGGUGCUGUUGAGCCCCUGCCGCUCCACCUGUCUCCUGCCAAUACCCCCCUGCCCCCAAGCAGCCAGCCCCAGGGACAGCAGCCUGGGCCCCCCACCCUGGGGCUCGGCCAAGGACCGCUCUCUUCCAGCACUGCCCUUCCGCCAGAGGGUGCCCCGGAGGAAGCUUGCCAGGACCUGACGCCCAACUCGGUGGGAAACGGCAGCAACAGCAGCAGCUCCGUGGCCCCUGGCAGCACCCACCCCAGCACACCCACCACGCUCAGCUCCCUGCAGGCCAGCACUGCAGAGGGCUUGCUGGGGGAAGGGGCCAACACAGCCCCCUCCGCAGCAGGGAACGGGCCCCGCAACCCCCUCAACACCGAAGGCCUCUCCAAGGAGCAGCUGGAGCACCGGGAACGGUCUCUGCAGACUCUGCGGGACAUCGAGCGCCUGCUUUUGCGUGGCAGUGAGGCCGAGCCCUUCCUCAAGGGUGGGCCAGGCACUGGGGAAGGGACCGUCCUACCCCCCCAGGCUGCAGCUCCGCAGCCUCCCCAGGCUGCCCUCCCUGGAACAGGUGUGAAGAAGUAUGAGGAGCCGCUGCAGUCCAUGAUCUCGCAGACGCAGAGCCUGGGGGGCCCAGGCCUCGAGCAGGAGGGGCCGUUGCCCCCGGGGGUGGACCUGGGCCAGCCAAUGAAUGUGGUGCUGCAGCGCCUCAGCCAGGACAGCUUAACCCCCGAGCAGGUGGCCUGGCGCAAGCUGCAGGAGGAGUACUACGAGGAGAAGCGCCGCAAGGAGGAGCAAACCAGCUUGCAUGCGGGGCGGCCGCUACAGGAGGUGAUCACGCCCCUGGGAGGCGUGAUGCUUCGGGGGCCCCCACCACCCUACCACAGCCGGCCCGGGGAGCAAUGGCUGCUGCGGGGGACACCCCUGGACAUUCAGGAGCAGCUGCGGCCCACCUUUCCUGGCCCCCGUGGCUUCCCGGGCGGCCACAUCCAGAGGGGCUUUGCCACGAUGCCAAGCCUGCCCCUGGAGUCCCUUGGCCCGGUCGGAAGCGGGUCCCGCCCCUUGCAGCCUGGCCUACCAUGGGGUGAGGAUCUGUCCCUCAGGGGUCCGGGACACUUCACGCCCGGGGGCCUCUCAUACCCCCCAGGGCAGGGCGAGGCCGAGCGCUUCCUCCCGUCCCGGGCCCGCGAGGACUUGCUGCGGCACCCCAUGCUGGAGAAGCGGCCGGGCUCUCUGGGGCUGGAGAUGGAGCGCAUUUUGCCCGCCCACCGGCAGGUAGAGCCUGGCAUAUUUGCCGGGGAAGGCCUGGGCCUGGAGUUUGGGGGGGGGCGGGCCCUGAUGAGCCCCCCACCCCCGCUGCAGGAAGUGGAGGCGAGUGCCCUGGCCACCCCUACCAACUUGAACAUGAACGUGAACAUGAACAUGAACCUGAGUGUGCAGAUGACGCCGCAGCAGCAGCACCAGCACAUGCUGCUGAGCCAGAAGGCCCGUGGGCCGGAGCUGAUGCCCCCUGAGGAAAUGGCCCGAGGGCGCGCCCCAAACGGCACUGGGGCCAUGAUGGGGGGCCCGCCGAAGAUGCUGAUGGGCUCACCCUUCCCAGGCCAGGGACCGCCCCCACCACAGCAGCAGCAGCAGAGCUUCUCGGUUGUGCAGGGCCCCUAUGCACCUGUGCCACCAGAGAUGGGCGGCACACCUGAUAUGUUUGGUCCAGAGCAGGGCAGCAUUGCCAGCACCCCACGGCUCAGCCACGUUCCCCUGCCACCCAGCACCAGCGCCUCGGCCACGAACAUGCAUGCAGCCCCCAUCCGGGGCCUGGGCCGCCGCCCCUCGGACCUAGCCCUCAACAUGGGGCAGAUGAACUCACCCAGUGUGGGCCGCCUCAAGUCUCCCACUCUCAGCCAAGCCCAUUCCCCCCUGGGCACGUCCCCUUCGGCCAACCUCAAGUCGCCGCAGACGCCUUCUGCCCUGGUCAGCCUGCCAACUGCCGCUGCCAGCAGUGCCCCCCUCAAGUCCCCCCAGGUGCUGGGUUCCGUGCUCAGCGUCCGGUCUCCAACUAGUUCGCCUGGCCAUCUCAAAUCGCCCUCCAUGGCUGUUUCUUCCCCAGGAUGGGCACCCUCCCCCAAGGCCAGUCUCGCCAGCCCAGGCAAGCCAGCCCUUGGAAUGGGCAACUCCGCCCCCUUGGGCCACCUUGAGCAAGGUGCUGUGCCCUCUGGGUCUCGGAGCAGCUCCUCUGCCCCGCCUGGCAACACCUCUGACCCCCUGAACCCCAACCUGCCUUUUCCUUCCUCUCCAGAUCCACCCCCAUCCCAGAACCCUUUGUCCCUCAUGAUGUCCCAGAUGUCCAAAUACGCCAUGCCCAGCUCCACGCCACUCUACCACAACGCCAUCAAAACCAUCGCCACCUCAGAUGACGAACUGCUCCCGGACCGCCCCCUACUGCCGCCUGGGGCUAUGUCUGGUAAGGGGGGGGGCAUGGGCGGAAACCAGCCCAACCCAAUGCAUGUGAACGCUGUGGGGCCGGGGGCCGUGCCAAGCCCUAUGGGCCUGAACCUCCCUGGACAGCAGCUGCUCUCCCAGGAAGUGGCAGCCCCCCCGAUGUCUUCGCCCAGCCCUCUGGGAACCGGCCUCCCCUUGCACAGCGGCACUCCUGUGCAGAACCCGAUGAUGGCCCCUGGCCCCCCAGACUCCCUGGGACAGCCCUGCGGCCCUUCUGGCCAGCUGGUGUUCCCGCCACGUCUGCAGCCUCCCCCUGCCAAUGGGGGUGGCAUUCCAGUGGUCCCAGGAGGAGCGGCCGGACCUGGGUUGCAGCCGCCACCUGCCCCACAGCAACAACACUACCCGCCUGGCUUGGGAGUCCUUCCGGAGGAGCUGCCCCCCCAGCAAGCGCCCCCUCAGCAGCGCCUGGCCGGGCGGCUGCCAGAGCACUUCCCACCAGGGCUGCCUGUUGUGGCCUCCGUGCUGAGCGAUCCGGAGCUGAGCGAUGUGAUCCGCCCCACCCCGACAGGUAUCCCCGAGUUCGACCUUUCCCGCAUCAUCCCUUCAGAGAAGCCCAGCAGCACGCUGCAGUACUUCCCCAAGGGGGAGGGCCAGGGGGUCAAGGCCCUCCCCCCCUCCAACCUACACCUGGCGAACUUGCAGAACAUGAUGGCGGAACCGGGCCCGGCCCGGCCUGGCCCACAAGUGAUACCACGCGGAAUGGCCUUGUGCCAUCCUGGACAGAUGCCCAUGCUGGGCAGGACAGGCCUGCCUCCCCAGCAGGGCCUGGUAGGCAACAGCCUGCCCCAAGGGCUGGUGCUGCCGCAGCAGAGCCUCCUGGCCCAGCAGAACUUCCUACUCAUGCAGGCCAAGCAGCGCAGCAUGUCUGUCUCCGGAGAGAUGUACGGGCAGCCGGCGGGGCACCUGAUCUCCCCCCAGGGCUCGCUUAUGGGGCCCCCAUCCCAGCAGAACCUCAUGGUCUCCAUGCGUCAGCGCAGCGUCUCCCUGGAUGGCCAGAUGAGCUACGGCCCCGGAGCCGGCAGCAUGGCCAACCUGCCCUUCUAA